CCCGACGUUGUCCGCGCGUCGCGUCCGCCGCAUGCACACCACGAAGUCGCAUGCUCGCGCGUCAAAUCUCUAACGAACCCGAAUAAAAKACGAUAAAGCGCCCGAAUCCGUAAUACGAUAACACGCUUCAAAAGCGAUCCAUCGUCCGAUCGAAGCGGUCGGUGGGCUCACGCGUGCAGCUACUCAGUGUGUCACGGUCGAACCGCGCUCGAUACCCCGAUACUGCCGAUACGGACRCGACACAUCAGUUCCACGUCCAAACGUUUCGCGUCGAUCAUAAAAACAAACGAUAAUAUCGUCGCUGCAAAUCAAGUUCGUCCGCUGUUUUACGCAUCACGACAGUGACGAGACGCUCUGAUAUUUCACGUCGGAAGUUGUCUGUUGUUAGUGUUGUCGUCGCGCGCGCGUUACGGACAAGGCGAGUCGAACGCGAUCGCGAACGAWCGGCGGCGCGGGGAAGGUAAGCGCGGGGUUGGCGAGACAUGCACCCGUCUCCGCCGACGGCGGGCAGUCGCGGCGCCCGUCCCGUGCCGUCAAUACCGCUGCGGAAUCGUUAAUUGUUAUCGGAUCCCGUCGGAAUCGUGUUUUCGCGUCCAUCGAUCGGUCUUAAUGAAUUUUGCCAAUGGAUUUCCAGUAGCAGCGGUACGCGGCAGUGGUCGCCGCCGAUUUCGCGCGCAACCAACACGACGCCGGUAAGGCGCGCGCGCACGCCGACAACGCCACCACCGUCGACGACGACGACGACGACGACGACGACAACGACAACGACGACGACGACAACGCUCAUCUGAAGCGCGCGGAACAAUCGUCACACGCCGCGUAAGAGGCAGCGCGCGCGAAAUGUUUUCGGACGCCGCACCAGUGUUGUUGUCGUUCCUCCGGCACCGGCGGACCGCCGAAUAGUGCGUGWGCGCCCGCACUUACCGACACAACCGGUCGACCACCGACGCUGACAAUAUUAAUGUUAUUACAGUCUUCGCAGUGUACGACACGUGGUGAGAGUACGCUACACACACACACAUAGACACACAUACAUAGGACAGAGGGUAGGGACAGUGGUGUGCGAGAGCGCGCUACGACUGCAGUGCGAGACACGCGGAGCCGGCAAACGAGUGAGAGCGGACGUUCUUCGCCGGAUGGAAAACGUUCAUAACAUGGCGCCAGAGUCGCCGCUCAACGAAGUCGUGGUCGAGACAAUCGAUUCGCCGCAAGACGUGCGGGCGCACGUCGACGCCGGUCGGCAGUCCGCGUGCCCCGUCGCCGAGCCGCCACCGACACGCGAACUGUGCAUCACGCSAGUGCCACGGCCACAGCCCGCCAGCAGGAUCGUUUGCCAUGCACGUUGUUCGAGACCCGUCCAGCACGACGAAGACUCGGAAGACGACCUGGACGACGACGACUUGGACGACGAAAACGACGACGACCACAACGACCACAAUAGCCACCACCAGCAGCACCACCAAAACAAUCGUGGCCACCAACACCACCAGCAGCAGCACCACCAGGAUCAUCACCACCAAACCCAACAUCACCAACACCACCAUCAGAACCAACAUCAUCCGCACCUGCAGCAGCAGCAGCACCACCUCCAAAACACGGACCGAUCGCCGGUCGAGAGUAACGGUGGCGGUAGCCGCCGCGGCGUGGGCGGUACGGUCGUGGUCAGAGGUGGCUGUGGCGGUGGCGGUGGAGGCGGUGGAACCGGUGGCGUCAUCGUCGAGGACGUCAAACCGCCCGAGAGCACUAUCACGGUGAUCGUACACCACCCGGACGACGAACGGGCGAACCGAUCGUCCAGACUCAACCCCAGGCAUUCCGUCAGCGUGGCUGGCAUGAUCGAGUCGCAAGAAUACCACCGCGGAGGGAGCUCCGGGGCCGGUAACAACAGCGUGCUUCAGCUGCACCACCAGCAACAGCAACAACCCGAGCCCACCUACCAGACGCUCACGUCGGUCAACGGCAGGAUGUCGCCGCCCGGUUACAGCCCCAACUCGUCGUACGCCACGCUCACACCUCUCCAACCGCUGCCACCCAUAUCGACCAUGUCCGACAAGUUCGUGUACGGUCACUCCAACAACGUGUCUGGAUCGUUCACGGUCAUGCAGAACAACAUCGGCGGUAUGGGCAUGGUGGUCAACAGCCCGUACACGUACGACAAGAUGGGCAUGCACUCGCCCAACCACUAUUCGCCCACACACAUGCAUCAUAUGCCCCCGCAACAGGGCUCACCGAUAUCACCACAAAGCGCGUCGUACAGUCAAAACGGCGGCGGCGGCGGAGGUGGUCUCAACUCGCCGCAGAAGAGCAUGUCGUCGCCGAACAGCUGCUACGACUCGCCGUACACGCAGAUCGGGCCCAACGGCCGRUCGGGGGCGUCCAACGCCAUGCACAGUCCCGACCUCAGCCAAAACUCGGGGUCACUGCACUCRCCGCCGAUAUCCAGCUACGGUGGAACCACCACGCUGUCCAACGUCAACGGACUGACCACCAUUACGCCGCACCCCGGACGGAGCACCGGUGGCGUCGUGGUGUCUCCCAGGCACUCGCCUUCGCUGGUCAUACACCCCAUCAUACAGCCCCAGGAGGUCGUGGUCACCACGUCCUCGCCAUCGCCGCCCGACCACUCGCAGAGGAUGCAGAUGAUGCACCAGCAACAGCAGCAGCAGCAGCAGCAGCAACAACAACAACAGCAACAACAACAACAGCAGCAACAGCAGCAGCAGCAACAGCAACUGCAACAACAGCAGACCACGCUGAUCAAGACGCAAUCGAUCACCACCACGACCACGGUACUGGUGCAGAACGCGUCGUCAGCGUCCGGUUCGAACGCCAGUGGUUCCGACAUGGAGGAGAUCAACACCAAAGAGUUGGCGCAGCGGAUCAGCGCCGAGCUGAAACGGUACAGCAUACCGCAGGCGAUAUUCGCGCAACGCGUGCUGUGCCGGUCGCAGGGCACGCUGUCCGACCUGCUCCGGAAUCCCAAGCCCUGGUCCAAGCUGAAAUCYGGUCGGGAGACGUUCCGCCGCAUGUGGAAGUGGCUUCAGGAACCCGAAUUCCAGAGGAUGUCAGCCCUCCGUUUGGCAGGUAUGCACGAUGAUUCUUCUUCUAACCUUGGUCAAGACUUAGAAGGUAUGUUAUUGGCAGAAAAUGGACUUCAAAAUGUUUCAACACCAAGCGUCGGAACUUACAUCAACAACAUGACUCCUUGCAAACGAAAAGAAGAUUCUCAAUCUAUUGUUCCUGAUCAUUCAUCUGCACCCAAAAAACCACGUUUAGUCUUUACCGAUCUUCARCGACGAACACUACAAGCUAUUUUCAAGGAAACAAAAAGGCCGUCAAAAGAAAUGCAGGUGACCAUAGCUAGGCAAUUGGGCCUAGAACCGACCACAGUCGGCAAUUUCUUCAUGAAUGCCAGGAGACGAUCGAUGGAUAAAUGGAAAGAUGAAGAUCCAAAAGCAAUGGCAGCAUCGAACCAUCACCAAGACGACAUGGUAGUCAACAUGCAAUCAGGGACACAUAUGGGUAACCACCAGUCUGAAGUGUUGUGACCAAUAAUUAAUUAGAAUAAAUAUAGAUAUUUAUUCCAAAAUGCUAGAGUACAAUAUCGAAAUGUGAUUUAUUUUCUGGCCAUAUAUAUAUACUAUACAAGUUAAUAGGUUUAUUUCUUUUUUUAUUUACUUAAAAAUAUUAUCUCGACAUAUAUAUUAUGGUAAGGCAACAUAACAUAUUUCCCGAUUUUUUUUUGAUUUUUUUUAUCAAAAYAUCUAACCAAACCAUUAUCCCGUCCCUUAAUCAUACAAUAAUAGAAAACAAGCAGAAAUUAUCUAUAUAUAUAAAAAAAUAAAAUCAAUCGACUUCUGUAUAAUAUAAUAUUAAUUAUUUGAUUAUACCAAGUAAAUGUAUUUUAUUUUAUUUUUUUGUGGAUUUAAAAUGCUAUGUUAUCCUGUUCAUUUUAAAAUCUUCACGCCAAUGGUUAAAUUUGUUUUACAUAAGAACAGUAUUACGCUUGAAUAUUAUUGUUUUAAUAAUUAAUGUAUUUAUUUCGUUGAAAACCACUUAACUGAUAUUUAUGCAAUUAUUUACCUAAUGAUCUCUUCGCAUAUUAUAUAGUCAUAUAGAAGUAUAUAAUAUUAUUAAGGCCCAGCCACAACCUACAUUGAUUGUUCAAUCAAAUCAAUUAUCUAGUCCAAAACCGCUCAAUUUACAUGCAAAUUGAAAAAAAAAAUCAUAUUUAUAAACAAUUAUUUUAAAGUUUGUAUAUAUUUUUACCGCGACUAUGUGCUUUCACAAACUUUACCAACAUUUUUUUCCGUCAUAAUAUUUUAUAAUACAUAAAAACGAUAAUCAGUAAUAGAAA